ACCACAACUUUCAUAUCCACAUCUGCAAGCUCCAGACGCCAUUAGCUCCUCCUCCUCUGCCAUAAGCUCCUCCAUUACCUGCCUACGUAAGCACUAACACGAUAAGACCCUCCACCGGCUCCAUGACUGCUAACCACUUCUUUCACCACCACAAUUUUCAUAUCCAAUUACACAAGUUCCACUUAAGCCAUUAGCUCCUCCACCGUCACCUCCUCCAUACCUUCCAACUUUUGAUCCACAUCACGGCUCCACGUCCAGCUCUUCCUCCUUCACCACCACAUAAGACCUGACCUCUACCGUUGCCACUAGCAUGACCACCAUAAACAUUAUGUUAUCCACCGUAACUAUGUCUCCACCUUUUCUUCUCCACUAGCAUCUCCACCUCCAACUUUUCCUCUUCCAUCUACGGCUUUUAUUAUAUUGUGUAAAACGUCGGCUGUGAAAAUUGUAAGAGAAGAGAGUAGAUGCGUCUGAUUAAAAUUUGAUGAGUUAAUGAAAAAAUAGAUUUUAGGUUAUAAGGGUUCUUUGGAAAAUUUACAAGGAAGAAGUACUUCACAUGCUGAAAAUAUGUGUGGAUGUAAAUAGGUAAGUAAAAAGUAUGUGUACGUUUAAUAUUUUCUAUCUUUUUGGAACAAGACUAAAUAUCCAAAUUAAGUAUGGGAUUUGGAGAUUUAAUCCUUACUAGAACAGGAAGGGGCAAAAGCAAAGAAAAGUAUGGGGUUCACAAUAGGAAGCGAGUGUAAAUAAUAGAGGUGUCAGGCUAAUAAAUAUUUAGAUAUUAUUUUCCUUUGUUUUCUAGAAAGAAUUGUAAAAGAGAUAUAAGCAAAGCAAAAAAGCAAUAAAGAAAUAGUCCAGAGGUUGCUCCGAAUUCUACUCUCCACUUUUUUUUUACCUCUGGAAUUUUUUCUUUAAUUUUUGCGAAAUUUGAGGAGUCUCUCUCUCUCUCUGGUUAAUGGGAGGAAGAGUAGAUUCGCAAGAAAGAUAGAACAAAGAUUGAUUCGUGGAUCAGCCAUUCGAGCCAGAGCUUUUAUCAGUCGUUUAGUGGGAAGGAAUCUUCAGAUGUCAGGUCCUGUUGAUCGAUUCGCAAUACCAUGUUUCGAGGGACUGUUGAGCAGCGACGAGAAGAAAGAGCGCAAGUCCGACUUCGAGAUCUCAGAAGACGAGAGGAGAACAAGAAUCGGCUCCCUGAAGAAGAAAGCCAUCAACGCCUCCACCAAGUUCAAACACUCCCUCAAGAAGAAGAAGCGCCGCAAAAACGAAGGCCGCGUCAGCUCCGUCUCCAUCGAAGACGUCCGCGACGUCGAGGAGCUUCAAGCCGUCGACGAGUUCCGGCAAUCUUUAGUCAUGGAUGAGCUCCUCCCUUCAAAACACGACGACUACCACAUGAUGCUACGCUUCCUGAAAGCGAGGAAGUUCGACGUCGAGAAGGCAAAACAGAUGUGGGGGGACAUGAUCCAGUGGAGGAAGGAGUUUGGUACAGACACUAUCAUCCAAGACUUUGAGUUUGAAGAGAUUGACGAUGUCUUGAAGUAUUACCCGCAGUGUUACCACAGCGUGGAUAAAGAAGGGAGGCCUGUGUAUAUCGAGAGGCUCGGGAAAGUCGAUCCCAACAAGCUGAUGCAGGUCACGACGAUUGAUAGGUAUCUUAGGUAUCAUGUGAAGGAGUUCGAGAGGAGUUUCAUGGUCAAGUUCCCUGCUUGCACGAUCGCUGCGAAGAAGCAUAUUGACUCGAGCACGACGAUCUUGGACGUGCAGGGAGUGGGGUUGAAGAACUUUAGCAAGUAUGCUCGGGAGCUUGUUACUAGGUUGCAGAAGAUUGAUGGGGAUAACUAUCCGGAGACUCUCCACCAGAUGUUCAUCAUCAACGCAGGGACUGGAUUCCGCGUGAUUUGGAGCACUCUGAAGAGCUUCCUUGACCCCAAAACAACUUCUAAGAUUCAUAUGCUUGGAAACAAGUAUCAGAGCAAAUUGCUUGAGGUUAUCGAUUCCAGCGAGUUGCCUGAGUUUUUGGGUGGUACAUGUACUUGCGCUGAUCAGGGUGGCUGUAUGCUUUCUGAUAAAGGGCCUUGGAAAAAUCCUGAUAUUUUGAAGAUGGUUCUACACGGGGGAGCUCACCGAGCGAAGCAGGUGGUGAAAGUUCUGAACAGCGAAGGGAAAGUCAUUGCGUAUGCAAAGCCAUCUUAUCCAUGGAUAAAGGGAAGUGACACCUCAACCGCAGAGUCAGGUUCUGAAGCUGAAGAUGUGGUUGUCUCUCCAAAGGCAAUUAAAAAUUAUUCUCAUCUCCGCUUGACCCCUGUUCGUGAAGAGGCAAAGAUUGGGUCUGGUGAAACGAGCUUUGCCGGUAGUUUGGCUGGUUAUGAUGAGUAUGUUCCAAUGGUUGACAAAGCUGUCGACGCCACCUGGAAGGUCAAACCCACCACCUCCAUCAACAGGGUUCAGUCCAAAGGAGUUCUUGUUACUCCAAAUGUCCCAAAGGAGAAUGAAAGCUUCAGCGCUCGUGUGUUAGUAUUUUUCAUGGCGAUUGUGAUGGCGAUUCUCGCAUUCUUCCGCACAGUAUCAAACCGUGUUGUGACCAAGCAGCUUCCUCCUCCUCCUCCGCAAAUAGAAGGAAACACUGCCGCUAAAGAGGAGGAAGCUGAGCUCCUCAAUUCAGUGCUGAAGAAAUUAACGGAACUUGAGGAGAAAAUUGGAGCGCUGCAGUCAAAGCCAAAUGAGAUGCCUUAUGAGAAGGAAGAGCUGCUUAACGCAGCUGUUUGCCGCGUGGACGCACUUGAAGCCGAGCUCAUAGCCACUAAAAAGGCUCUAUAUGAAGCUCUGAUGAGGCAAGAAGAAUUACUCGCUUACAUUGAUCGUCAAGAGUUUACUCAGUCCCAGAAGAAGAAGAAGAGGAAGCACAUGUUCUGUUUUUAAGAAGAUGAAGAAAGAAGAAGCGUCUAUCUAUCUGCCUUCUCUUUCUCUUUUCCUUCGUAGAUUUUCGUUUAUAAAGAAGAGGAACAGAACAAGUGUUUAUUAAAAACAAACAGACUUUUCUCAUCUCAUUUUAUGUUCAAAUCAAUUCAAAGAAGAGAGUUCUUUCUCUUUUAUGAUGA